AUGGUUGCAAGAACUCCACCAAAGCAGCCGAGGAAGAAAAUGGCGGCCAUUGCCCCGCACCUCAGCCCGACUCUCCUGAGAGAAACAGUUAGAAAGGUGGAUAAAUGUAUGUCAAGAUUGCAGGAGCUUCAACACACGGUAACAGGCGGGUCGAAAGCGAUUUCGAGCCCGUUGAGAAGUUCUUACAGGACGAAUGUCCCUGCUUUCAAACAGGACUUAUCGAGGAUAAGAAAUGCUAAUAAUCCCCAGAGAUCCCCUCCCGGAAAGCUACCGCCGGUAAAAACAGAGGAUUGGCGAAGAAUGUCAUUGCCAGCAAUGCUGUUGGGCGAGACAAUGAGUGAACUCGUUCAAGCAACUCAGUUUGCAAAGAACAUUGUUCAGACAGCAACUCGUCCUAGUAAGAUCCGAAAAUCAUCGGACGACCCGAAAACUCCUCCUCUGGAGAAAAAAAAGGCAAUGCGCAACACGAAUCUCGACGACACUUGGCAGAAGAUGCAUGCUCGGAGGAAAAGAGAGAAGAAGAUGCAAACCGUGGUGUGGUCAGGGCCCGGUGGGACUUCCCCACGAGCCAAAUCCAAAAUAAACUUCAAAGAGUGUGAUAAAGAAAACUGCAGCAGUUAUGUAAUAGCAGCUAAUCGGGUUUCUCCAAAAAACAGGCCGUGGGCCCGAAAAACGGUCCUUUUUCCGAACCCUUUGUUCCAUUCGUCAUUACUUUCUUCGCCUACACGAGAAAAAGUUCCAGUGAUUGGGAGAAGUGUUCGGCAAACUCCACAUAAGUUUCUGAUCAAAAGCCCUCCUUUGAAAUCGCCAAAGAGGCUAGCAAACAAGAUCAUGAUAAUCUCGCCACUCAAGGGAAGAAAAAACGAGGAGAAUAUGGCGGUGAUGAAAGAAAUCGAGAAGAGUCGACAGAUUGCGCACAAGUUCUUGAUGCAAGGGAAAACCAAAAACGAGUCGGCUGCUGGUUUGGGCAAGAAACUUUCACCUCCACCAGCCAAGCUGCGGAGAUCAUUUUCUCCGUCGAGGCUUGCGAAAAGAAUAGUAUUGUCGCCUAUGAAGUUCAGAAGCUCUAUGCAAAAGAAUGAAAGGUCUACAAAUAUUUGA